AUGCAUUUUGUGAAGAAAGUACCCACUACCGAAGAAGAAGAAGCCGUUCGCCGUAAGGAGAAAGCUAUUAAACAGAAACUGUUCUGCACCAUCCGUGACAAGAUAUUCGAAAAAGCUGAGAAAAAUGAAUUUGAUGAUGGAAUGUUAGAUUUGACUCAGAAACUAUUGGAGAAGAACCCCGACAUUCAUACGCUCUGGAUAUAUCGCCGGAAUACGAUUGAAAGUUACUUGAAUAGCAGAGACGCAUUGAGAAACAAGGAAGACUCUGCUGAUAGUCUUGAGCUUGCUGAACAAAAAGUUGAGAAUGUAUUGAACAAUGAGCUUCAUGUUACACAGAAUUGUUUUGAGGUCAAUCCAAAAUCAUACACUACGUGGUGCCAUAGAGGAUGGGUGUUGAAGCAGCUUGCUAAUCCUAAUAUUAAGAAAGAAUUGGGUCUCUGUGAGAAAGCGUUGAAGAUGGAUUGCAGAAACUUCCACGUUUGGGAUCAUCGAAGAGUUGUAACGAAAAUUGGAAACAUUCCCAAGGAGGAAGAAAUUGACUUCUCGAACAAACUAAUUGGAGAUAAUUUCUCCAAUUAUUCUGCUUGGCAUUACAGAGUGACUUUGUUGCCUCGGGUAAAAGACGAGGAAGCCUUUUUUAAUGGCUCUUAUCGAAUGGAUGACAAGACGUUAGAGGAAGAAUUGAAGAAGGUUACAUCAGCUUUCUAUACCGAUCCAGAUGACCAAUCAGCAUGGGUUUAUACAAGAUGGCUUCUUGAUAUCAGUUCUGAUAAAGAAUGGAUGAUUCUGGAUUCACGAUCACCAUCCGUACCUGUCAGCAUCACGUUCAAUGGGGAUCGUACAACAAUAGUAAUGUCUAAAGCAACGAAUGAGGAUGUUGUACAGUCAUUUCUGAAGAGUGAAACAGAAGGAGAACUGAUAGCGUAUUCGGGAUUAUCGAACAGCCCCAAGACUGCUAAAAUCUGGCACUUCACUGGAACAACACCCGUGAAACUUGUAACUAAUGGUCUCGAUGUUCCUAACUAUGACUGUAAAGACGGCAAUUACAUUAAUAAGAAAUUUUUCUACCUGGCUUUUGGAAUUGAGCCACAUAACACCAACUCAGCUGUUCUGAAAUUAACCGAGAACUGUAAAGAAUUGAUUGAUUUAGAACCUCAGAAUGUGUGGGCUCUGGCAAUGUACACCUACUGUCUUAUAGCCACAUCACCGAAGAAAGAGCAUUCAAGAAUAUUAUCGAAUUUGAAAAAGUUGUCGGAAGAGUUAGACGUAAAAAGGAAAGAGAUGUAUAUGGCCUUAGCUUCACGAGAACUUUUGAACGAACGGUUAAGAUCUGUUGAUGGAAACGGAAAAAUGGCUAUUGAUAACAUUUUGAAUGAUGUGAAUUCGAACUUCAGUUUCAGAAAUGGACAAGUAACGAGUUUGAAUGGGAUAGAAUAUUUGGCCGGUUUCAUCAAAGAACUUGAUAUAUCCGGAAAUUCUCUUCGUGACGUUCUAGAUAUUGUUCUACCAAAUCUGACUUCUCUUGAUCUAGGCUCUAACAAAAUCGAAAAACUGGAGAAUUGUGAAGCUCUACACGGUCUUAAAUUCCUGUCGUUAGCAGCCUGUCCUAUAGUAAACGCGCAAUCAGUGACUGAUGAAUUGCGAAAAAUGAGUUCCUUGGAAAGGUUUCUAUUUGCUGAAACAAAUUUGAAUGGAAAAGAUCAGAUGAGCCAAGUGGUAGCUUGUCUCUCUACAGAAUGCCGCCUAAUUCCUCAUUGGAUGUAA